GUCACGUGCGUCUUAUGGUCUCUUAGGGAGCUGCAGGGAGCUUGGACGUGGUGGCUGACGCUGUCAUUUGGCCCUAGUUUCCUGUCUUUAAUCCUCUUCCACGGGAUCAUGGAUGAGGAUCAGAAAACAACAGCAACAACAACAAAAAAAUCAAAUAAUACAGCAGUACCCGAAAACACACUUAGAAAAACCGUGAAAGCUGUCGGAAACACACACAAUAUAGAAGGGCAGAAAAAGCCAGUGUCGGAAGAUGGUUUACACUGUGGUGUCUGCUUUUGUAGAAUUCAGAGUAAAUGCAGUGUUGUUUAGACUCAGAAGCACAUGUGGUCAGAUUGGAAGGAGGCAGAUGGUGACGAAGCGGCCUGCAGAGAUGAAAUCUUUUAACUGAGCCAAUAGGCUACUUGGAAUCAUGUUUCUCAGCCAAGAAUGGUACUCCAAGGCAGCCAUCCAUUUGUAGGAACUCCAGAGCCUGUUUGAAGAUCAGAAAGAGCAUCUUUAAUAAUCCAGAACAUUCCUUGAUGGGCCUAGAACAGUUUUCUCAUGUUUGGAUUUUGUUUGUUUUCCACAAAAACGGCCAUUUGAGCUACAAGGCAAAAGUGCAGCCGCCAAGGCUGAAUGGGGCAAAGACUGGCGUGUUCUCCACAAGGAGCCCACAUCGCCCUAAUGCAAUAGGACUGACCCUGGCCAGACUGGAGAAGGUGGAAGGUGGCGCUGUAUACCUGUCUGGAAUUGACAUGAUACAUGGCACACCUGUGCUGGACAUCAAGCCCUACAUUGCUGACUACGACUCACCGCGGAGCGAGGAGCCUUUGGGGGCCUUGAAUGUGCAGAGUAACCACCACCAGCUGAGGCCUGCAUCCCAGUCUGAUGGCACAGCUGACACUUGUGACCAGCGGCUGCUCUCAGGGUGUGGGAAAGCCCAGCAGGGCCCAGGCACUGAGGAGAACCUGCAGUGCCUUGAAGACAGAACCGCAGAAGGAAACUCCCAGAAGUCCAGAGACAGUGCAGAAGCCCCGCACACUUUGCUUGAGGAUGGAGAGAGGACGGUCGGUUUGGCGCUGGAGUCAAGCAGAAGUGACGGUAUGGGUGUGGCUGAAGAGCAGGUUGGCCCACAGGACCUGAAGAGCUUUCUGGACGAAGGCACAGAGAGGUCAAGGAGCAUGGACCUUGCCUUGGUCCCGCAGGGGAGCAGUGCAGGGACACCGUGGCCUUCCUGCCAUGCCGGGACAACUGGCAGAGUGACCUGCAGUGUGGUCCCCACCUGGGUGAAGGAGGCCCCUGCAGCCUCUUUACACGUCCGGUUUACUCCUCAUGCAGAGCUGGACCUGAGGAAGCUCAGUCCAGGAGGUGCCGCUCAGGUGUCGUUUAGAUACUUUGAGUCCACAGAGGAAGCCAAGUGUGCCAUCGAGGCUGUGCUGUCUGCAGACCCUCGGUCUGUGUACCGACGGAAGCUCUGUCAGGACCGCCUUUUCUUCUUCACUGUCGACAUAGCACACGUCACAUGCUGGUUUGGCGACGGCUUUGCUGAAGUUCUGCGGAUUAAACUGGCCUCUGAGCUUGUCGAGAUGACUGACCCUGAGGAGUCCUUGGUGGCUCUGGGGUCUUGAGGAGCCCUGUUGUGUUUUUAGACAGCCUAGCUGACCUCUGGACGUACCUGCUUUGUCCUUUUACUGCUUUGAUUGGUGCCUUUUGAAAUAUUUAUUUGAAGGGAAUAGUUUGGUUUUGAUUUUGAGUUUCUGACACUGUUUUCUACGUAGCUAUGGAUGUCCUGGAACUCCCUUUGCAGACCAGGCUGACCUCAGACUCACAAAGAUCCACCUACCUCUGUCUCCAGCGUGUGCCAUCAAGCCUGGUAAGGACUUGUGUAUUAGUAAACUUACCUGAGAGCUAUAUGAUAUAGAGAACUCACCGUGUACUUUGCUCCAAUGCUGAAGACUCCCAAAGUGCUGCUGUGGGCAACUGCCUGAAAACACUCUUAUUUGUUUGUUUGUUUGUUUGGCUGGCUUUUCAAGACAGGGUUCCUGGAACUCACUCUGUAAACCAGGCUGGCUUCGAACUAACAGAGAUCCGCCUGCCUUUGCCUCCCGAGUGCUGGGAUUAAAGGCGUGCACCACCACCACCGCCCAUUGACACAGAACACUCUAACGGGUUUUCAUGUAAGCUGAUCCGUUCGUCAUCAGUUCACAUUGGCUUUUCCCACUCAAGAGCCUGACCUCUCUAUUGUAAAUCACACUGAGUUACAAUGUCUUGGGUGACUAACAAAUAAAACCAAGUGACUAUA